AUGGCGUCGCCGCGCUCAGCGGCCGCCGCCGUGUCACGGCGACUGUCGCGGCUCCGAGCGGCGCUUGCGAUGCUGCUGCUCUUCUCACCGCUGUCGUCGGCCAGCGAAGUCGCCAUGAGCAGCGAUGCAGAGGCGGCACUGUUACAGUUGCUCGACGACGCGCAGGUGCCGCUAUCGGACUGGGCGGCAGGUCAGUCGUGCACGCCGGACGGCGACGUGCAGCCGACUUCGGAGGGAUGGACGUACGUGCGCUGCGACUCCAACGGUCAACCCGCUAAGAUCCUUCCCACUCGUGUUGCCGCUUUUCCUCACUCUUUCCUCCCGCUAUCCCUCCCCUCCCCCCACCCGCACCGCAGGGUGCUCAACUUCAUGGGCCUCAUAGGGAACCUCAGCCCCGAACUCAGCGCGCUCUCCGCGCUCACUACCAUGUCAGUCCACCAUCACGUCUCUCUGUAUCCCAAUACCAUUAUCGCCACCACCCUCUCUCCAUGUCGGCACCAGCACCACCCUCUCUCCUCCAUGUCAGCACCACCCUCUCUCCUCCAUGUCAGCACCACCCUCUCUCCUCCAUGUCAGCACCACCCUCUCUCCUCCAUGUCAGCACCACCCUCUCUCCUCCAUGUCAGCACCACCCUCUCUCCUCCAUGUCAGCACCACCCUCUCUCCUCCAUGUCAGCACCACCCUCUCUCCUCCAUGUCAGCACCACCCUCUCUCCUCCAUGUCAGCACCACCCUCUCUCCUCCAUGUCAGCACCACCCUCUCUCCUCCAUGUCAGCACCACCCUCUCUCCUCCAUGUCAGCACCACCCUCUCUCCUCCAUGUCAGCACCACCCUCUCUCCUCCAUGUCAGCACCACCCUCUCUCCUCCAUGUCAGCACCACCCUCUCUCCUCCAUGUCAGCACCACCCUCUCUCCUCCAUGUCAGCACCUUCCGCCUCCCUCUGCCCUUGCUGCCAUGUCAGUUUCACCCAUUCACGUCCGCUGUAUCCCAAUACCGCACCUUAUCCCAUCUCAACCCCCUUUCACUCCCCUCUACCACCACCAGCGACCUGGGAAUGAACCUAUUCAACGUGGAGAUCAGCGACUUUGUAGCCCCGCUGCUGCAGAUCAAAUCCAUUGCCUACAUGUACUCCUCCCACACCUCCUAUCAGUUCCCUAGCCUCAAACUAUCUCGCUGGCGUUCUGCUGUCUCAACUUAUAACCUCUCUCCACUACCCUCCCGUUCCUCUCUCCCUUACACCAUCAGCUCCCUGGCCGCCAACUAUCUCACGGGCGCUCUGCCGUCUCCUCCCUCCGUCGCCCUGAAAACGCUCGACGUCUCGGGAAACUUCUUCGCAGGUUCCUUCCCCUCCUUCGCCUCACAACUUGACGAGUGCAGUACGGGCGGCAACUGCUUGUCUUCUUCUGGGCACUGUUCGUCGGGAGAGGGGGCGGGUGGGGAGCAGAGAGGGGAGGAGGCGUGUGCAGUGUGUGGCGGGUCAAUGAAGUCAACGCAAGUCAACCUGUGUGGCGAGGGGAGAGUGUGUGUAGCAGAGAUGGAUACUGUUCCUGAAUCAGCAGACGAGGCAGGGAGUGUGACUGUAACGAUGGUGUGCCAAGACGUUUCGGCUGCUGAAGAUGAGAAUGUGGGAGAUGAGAGUGGCAAUACCGACGGCUCUGAGGAGGAGGAGGACAAGGAAAGUGGUGAUAGCAGCAGCAGCAGCAGCAGCAGCAGCAGCAGCAGUGGUAGCAGGAGUAGUGAUGAGAGCAAUGGUGGGAGUAGUGAUACCGCCUCCCAGACGAAAAGCAGCGAUAGCAGCACAAGUGGCAGCUCUGCUGUUGACAGUAGCAGCAGCAACAGUGGUACCAGCAGCAGCAGCACUGGCAGCGGCAGCAGCAGCAGCAGUGGCAGCAGCAGCAGCAGCAGCGGCAGCAGCAGCAGCAGUGGCAGCAGCAGCAGCAGCAGCAGCACUGGUGGCAGCAGCAGCAGCAGCAACAGUAGCAGCAGCAGCAGCAGCAGCCUGGUGAAGGAUGCAGGCAGCAGUGGCAGUGGCGCUAGCACUGGGAGUGGUGCUUCUGGGGACGGUGCAAAGAGUAGUGCUGAUAGUGGUGCUAACAGCGGUGAUGGCAGCGGUUCUAAAAGUGGUUCUGGCAGUGGUAGUGAAGAGAAGGAGGGUGGCAUGGAGGAGGAGAGACGGGAAGCGGUGGAGGAGGAGAGAAGGGAAGUGGUGAGGGAAGCAGUGGGGCCAGCCAAUCAGAUGGAAGUGCAAAGUCUGGGGAGGAAGGUGGCACGGGUGAGGGAGAGAAGGACCAAGGGAUCGACAGCAGCGGUGGCAGCAGCAGCAGCAGCAGCAGCAGCAGUGGCAGCAGUAGCAGCAGCAGCAGCAGUGGCAGCAGCAGCAGUGGCAGCAGCAGUGGCAGCAGUAGCGGUAGCAGUGGCAGCGGUAGCAGCAGUAGCAGCAGUGGCAGCGGUAGCAGCAGUAGCAGCAGUGGCGGCGGUAGCAGCAGUAGCAGCAGUGGCAGCGGUAGCAGCAGUAGCAGCAGUGGCAGCGGUAGCAGCAGUAGCAGCAGUGGCGGCGGUAGCAGCAGCAGUAGCAGCAGUGGCAGCGGUAGCAGCAGCAGUAAUGGCAACAGAAAAAGCGGUGGCGGAUCAAAGGGGGGCAGCAAGGCCAAGGGAGGAAGCAGCAAAGGAGGCACCAGCAGUGGUGACAGCAGCAGCAGCAAGACAGAGGGGGGUCUUGGGGACGAGGCAGCACCUAAGGAAGGUUCAACUGGGACAGGUGCAGCUGCGGGGGGUACCAAUGCAGGCGACUCCAAAUCGAGCAUGCGCAUGCUGCGAGAUUUCUCAGGAGAGUGAAGCAUGCCAGGUGGAAGGGGAAAGCGGCUUGUAA